CGAUCGAUGCGCACGUUCAUCAAUUGGGCUCCGCCCACCGGACGCGCGCUUGUCUCACGCCCUCACGCGCGCCCGCUCGGAUCCCGUCUCAACGUCUUCCCACUGCAUCUCUCAACAAAAAAAAAUCCAUGACGUAGACAUGAGGAUUCUUUUGCUCCCGUCUUUGCACACCGCCAUUCAGACCUAGCUCAAUUGCGAAUGGCUUGUGUCUUCUCCAAAUUUGACUGGAUGGCCGAAAUGCCGUUCACCUGGCUAGCUGGUUGUGCUCGGAUGGUCCGUCGCGUCACAGUCUCUCUUCUGGCUUGUUUCACCCCCGAGAAGUUGUCCAUUCGUUGUCGCAAUUUGUUCCAAAUCCCAGCCGUGAGUCGUUCGUCUUUCGGGAGUCUCGAUGCUAGUCUCACAUUUAUUUCUGUCUCAUUAUUUUAUCUGUCUCGGUCAAGAACGAAGCAUCUUAGCGUGCGGUUGGGUGGGAUCUUUGGGGUCAACUCUAGCCGAUCAAUGGCUAUUUGCUCAUUUGCACUUGACUCCUCGUUGGGCGGACUCCUCGUUAGCAAUCACCAGUGGCGGGAAAGUCACGGCUCCCCAACUUUCCCGCCAUCCUUGGCCGCUCGCUCCUACGGGGACUCCCCGCGUGUGUGUGCGUCUUUUGUUCUGGCAGAAGGUGCAAGACGGCAACCGCUGAAAGGAAACAGGCACAAUCUUCAAAACGGUUGCCAAUGAUUUAAGAUGGCUGCCAGCCUGCUGAAAGAGGCCGCAGUAAUGGUCUCUCUUUCUCCCCGCACACACACGCACACACAUACAAGCGAGUGUUCAGAAUCCAACGUGGUUCGGUACACAAAUGUCGUUUGACUGUGUGCGUGAACUGUAACUAAAAAAGCUGUGAUUUAUUUUUAGGGAAUGUUGUGUCUUGCACAAAUGCCGAGGAUCAAGAUGAUGCUUUGCGUGAGUGAGAAAUGUGCCGACUCUUCCUUUGGCGCUGUUGCAAGGCCACGUCUCCACUGGCAAAGUCAAAGGCGACGAUUGGCCUGCGUGGAAGGCGUGCCAAAAGAGGGCGGCCAGUCAGAGAGCCCAAAUCGGGUCGGCGAGUCCGACAUCAAAGAGCAGACGGAGAACGGUCAUCUGGGUUUCCAGGAGAGUUUUGUCACCCCGGGAGUGUUUACUGUUUCCGAACUUGUGCGAGUCUCUCAAACUCCCAUCGCCGCCGGCACGGGUCCAAACUUCUCACUGGCCGACCUGGACAGCUCGUCCUACUACAGCGUGAGUCCCGGCACCAUGAGGAGGCCCAUCCCCAGCACCUCCUCCUCGUCCAGCUCGGCUAAGCGCAUCAAGUGCAUGGAGGAGGAGGCCGACAGUCCCGGCGAGGACUCGUACUAUCCCGCUCAGGGCCGCUCGCCGGGCAGCGCCAGCCAGGCUGGCAGCUGGCACGAGGAGCAAGGAUAUAAGCUACGCGGCUCUCUAGCUAGCUCCUUCAUCUCCCGACAAGCCAGCCCACACGCGCCGCCCUCCGCUCUGCACUUCUCGUCGUCACCCAUCCUGCAGCAGCCCGCCUCAUACUUCUCGCACGCCGCCAUCAGGUACCACCCGCAGGACCCCCUCAAGGACUUUGUGCAGCUGGUGUGUCCCGACUCGGCUCAGGCGGCCGGACAGGUGGGCUUGCUCAAUGGAGGAUUGUUGGUGUCCGUGUGCGCGUCUCGACAGCCAAUCAUAUACUCAGGCACAGCAGCCCUAAUGGUAGCUCGCAAGGAAAAGUCCACAAUCCCUUCCUGCCCACACCCAUGUUGCCCCCCCCUCCACCGCCACCCAUGGCCCGGCCCGUCCCGCUGCCCAUCGACACCAAGCCGCCCGCCACCUCUUCGGCCGAGGACGGGGGUAACUCGUCGCCGUCGCCCACAUACUCGGCCCCACCCACCAGUUCUACUGCUCAGCGAUUUGUUAGCGUGGGGCCGCGAGACCCCGCCUUCAACAUCCCGCAACAGCCGCAGUGGUACCUGGGAUAAAGACUUCCGUAGGCUCCUCCUGGUCCCGCCCCUGGACCCUUCCGCCUUGACGUGCCCCCGCCCUUCCGUGCCUGACUCCGCCCACUAGCGCCUGACUGUCGGUGUGGCUAGGGGGCGGGGCCGAGAAUCACGGCCCCGCCCCCAACGCCUUGAGAGGUUCCGUCUGUCCCAUCCAUGGUUGUGGUCCCUCCUCUUCCUCCGCCUCCUCCUCAUGCCAGAUGUGGGAAGAGCAUCACUGGGGGGGGGGGGGUUCUUAUCACCAGCUAACGCCCCUUAUGCCCCGCAAUAGACUCCGCCCCCUCAAGGGUCAACUUUUUGGUAGGAGCCGAGACUGGAUGGGGCUUGUUGACUCGCUGGUGCUCGAUGCACACAUGACUCUGCCCAAGGGGGGGGGGGGGGGGGGGCUAUUUCCUGGAAGGAACUGAGAGUGGGCGGGGCUGGUUGACUCAUUGCAGGUUUUCACGUGACUUCGCCUUUUCUUCCUCCUCUUAUUCAAUAUGAAAUAUUUGGAAUAUGAAAUCUCCUUUUAUUGGAAGAAUGAGGAGAUGAGGGGAAAGAUGCAAUGUUUGGGAGCUCCAAAUUUUCUGGGUUUUGUUUUUUCUCCAGUAAGUCCGCUGGCACCAUUGGACUCUAAAACAGGAUGUGCAAAGACAAAAAGGACUAUUAUUAUUAUUAUUGUUAUUAUUAUUGGGGGAUAAUGAUGACGAGUACUUGUUGAUAGUGUUGAUCCCUUUAAAAUUUCUGCUUGGUUGGACUUUCACAAAGUCAUUUGCCAAACAAGGACAUCUUUCACUUUUCCAAAUAUCUUUUGGAAUAUCAACUUUUAGCCUCCAGUCAGCCCUCGCUAUUCACAGUAUCUUGCCAACCAGAGUACCUUGAUGGAGUACUUGAGUACAUAAGUACAUCAAUAACAAAAAAUAGCUCACUUGUGCAACUUUUUUACAGCAACAUACAGCUUAUUUUUCAAAAAUCCAAAUUACAGGAAAUGCGUUCAUGGAAAUGUCCCCAAAAAUCUUUUGUCCAAAAUUUGGACUUGGGAAUUAUUUUGAAGCAUCAUCAGGUCCUUUGGAAAGCGCUGUAUGAAUCAAAGCAAUUAUGAUUACAAUUAUAUUCAUGCUUUAAUGUAUUAAUGUAAAAAAUUAAGAUUUUGUGGGGCAAUGUACAGUUUCCUAGUUCUACGUGUUUGGCAGGUCUUUGCUGCCAAGAGCGAGGGCUGACUGUAUUUUUAAAACCUUGUUUUUAUUAAUAUGUAUUUACAUAUUUUAUUUCACCUCUGUGAUUUUUAGCAUAGUUUUAAAAACAUGUUAAUUUUGUUUUUUCACAUAUUUGAUUUGACGUUGGAUUUUUUAAAGUAUUUUCUUGUUGGUGUUUGCCAGAUAAUCUUGAAGGGGCAUGGCCCUCCGUCAUUGGCCGCUCUCAAAGAGGCGCGGUCCUAUACGAGCACUUAGAAACAGGGGGCGUGGCUUGUCUGGAGAUGUGUAGAUAUGAACAUAUACAUACGUACAUAAGUAUACAGUACGAAAGACGUGCAUGUCGUAGUGUUAGUGAUAAUGUAGGUCAUAUAACAUGGCCACUUCCUUUUAUGUAAGCUCCACCUCAUCACUUCCCACCAUUGGUUAACUCCUCCGCCCCCUCCUCCACGGCCCGCUCCUGGCCAGCAACAUGGCUGAUAGUUGGUGCGAGCAGAAUCAUCCGAUUGGCCGGCUAGCACCGUCCUUUAUCGUUCGAGUUAGCAGAUGAGCUAAAGAUGAAGGCUUAACGAGCUAGCGCUGUACCGUAUUGUUCGGUUUAGCUGAUGCGACUAACGUGGCCAUCAAGACAGUUGCCAUUGACAAACAAUACAUUUUGUGCCGAUACUAAAAGGAAUAUUUGAACGACUGAAAAGGGCCUUUUGACCUUCUUAUGAAAACACGUUUAUACCUGGGAGCUUCCUUCCUGUCAUUGUUUCGGAAUGUCCUUCACAAUGGAAGGAGAGGAAAAGGACUUCCCGGAAUUGUGCCCGGUGCCUCCAAGUACUCCGUGUUAGUAAUAUGGCAUUUGAAACAGCCGAAGAGUCCCAUUAUUCUCCAAAGCGCUGAUUUUCUUCUCUGCUAACUCGAAUGACAUGGCACUGUGCUAGCUGUACUAUGACGUCAACUCUUCCCCAUGGCCACGAGGAAGUUAACACUCACUUGAACUUAUGUGAAAUGAGCAACUUGGCUCAAGGUUUGUUCAAGCAGCUCAGAGUGGAUGUAGCUAGCGGUGUAACGUAUCGUCUGAUUUGGCAGAUGAGCUAACAGCUCACGUUGCCUAUAAAGAUGCCUCGACAAACAAUCAAUUUAGUGCCUCAAAGUGGGAACCGUAUGCAGCUCAUGAAUUCAAUUGUCCUAAAAAUGUGAACAAACGUUUACUGAAAGGCAAGCAACGUUGAUGACAAUCAGUCGUUGGAGGAAAGUGAAACAAUUGACCAAAAAGAAGAAGAAAUGUGUUGCUUAUUUCACUGAGUAUGUCGCUGCCAUCUUGGUGUAUUCGGGGCGCCGCGCUCGUCACGUGACGCAGAAGCGUUCUUGUGGGAUGCGCCCUGCUGCAAUAUGAUUGGCUGCAGUUUAACAGGGAAACAGCUGCUACUGUCACGGAUCGGAAUGGAGAAGGGCGACUAAAUGCAGCUUGGACCAGGGUUUAUUGAACAAACUCAAAAGACAAACUAUAGAUGCUCGACUAGGGACGUGAAUAACUGAACUGUAAGACAAAACAAGACGAGAACAGACAGGCAACCAGAAGAAACAAGAAGACAUAAGACGCAAACAAUCCAACAGGGAGUGACACGCAGACAGGACUCAAAUACAAGACAGUUAACGAGAGGCAGGUGACGGCAAUUACACUGAUCAGAGCACAGGAGGGCCGGGGCGAGCACACAGACACGCGAACCGAAACUAUGACAUUAAAACAAGCAAACGAACUUUGACAGAUCUUGAGAGUUACACGGCAGAUAUUUCUUUUGGCACGCCUACUGGAGGCAGUGAGAUGUGCUCCAAUAAUAUUGCAGUGACGGGGCUUAACAUGUUGCCAAUCCAGAGCUCCGGUGGGAUUCCUAAUAACGAGAUGCAGACGUUGUCUUCCUGGCUCCCGUUGUGCUAUUCUAGCUCAUUUCUGAGACCAACCAAGACAAAGUUUAUUAUGCAAAAACUUGCACUUCCUGUCAACCAAAGUUAAGCUCGUGAUCGGCACGGCCUUCUGGGUGUUGGUCCCUGAAAACAAAUGAAAGAAAGAAAACCACACAAGCCCUGUCGUAACAAUGGUCUUGCCAAGCUGUAACGCGGGGUGACGUCACUUCUUGUUUUCAUGACGUGGUCACAAAGCAGCUUAAGCAGCCACACUUCAUCACGACAUCACUGUUUGACGCAUCGACCACGACCCCUAAACUAUGUUUACAAUCCGUGUUCCCUACUUCUUCCCUCGCGUCGUCACGUGAUCGUUCUGUAGUCGACUUCUUCCUGCUCAUGUGCGCCACGGAAAAGCACGUUAGUUAACUUCUGAAGUGAACUUCAUUACCUCUAUCCUUUGAGCUAAGGAAGACCAACGCCGGGUAGCUUCUGAAAGUAACUUUCUAUGUUGUCUCUAAUGUUAGCGUCCAGCGUUACCUUCCAGUCUUAGCGUCUGAAGUCAACCCCAAAAUGUAUGGUUCCAAUGUGAGCGUCCAACGUUACCUCCCAUGUUAGCUUUCGGUUUUAGCUUCCAAAGUCAACUUUCAACAUUUCAUUGUUACCGUUGGUUGGCUUCUAAUGUCACCAUUUAAAAUUAGUUCUAAACUGUUAGCUUCUGAGUAAGCUGUCGACGAUGAGGUCAAAGGUUAUCUUCCCAAGCUUCUUAGCUCAAUUCCAAUGUUAAUGUAUCAAAUUAGCAUCAGGCCCUUGCUACCGUAGCACUUCUUCCUCUUUGUGUUGGUGUAUAACGGGUGACAUUGGACUCGUCCAAAGUAGGGGUGUAAAUCGCGGGUUUUGUCACGAUACGAUAUCAUAUCGAUAGAAAGACCCACGAUACGAUGUUUGCCGAUUUCUUAAAGCCUGCUGUGAUUCAUUCACGAUACAUCACGAUAUAGUGCUCUACGAUCGAUAUAGAACAAUAUCCUGAUUUACAACAAUUCAUACGCAAAAUCAACAAGGUACUGCAAACUCUUUAUUUAGGAAAUUACAAAGUGCUUCCAAACGAAUGACUUGAAGCCCAAAGGGGAGCGAAUUUUCUCGUCUUCUUGGACACUAGCCAUAGCACCAGCCCAGGAGCCGCGUAGUUGUCGGCUCCCCUUUCCCGUGCCUGCUCUGCUCACAACACAACACGCCACGCACUGCUCCCGGAAAGAGGAAGCAAGCAACAAUGAACUGGAUUUCAAAAUCAAGUCGCGUCUAAUGUCCGAGGUAAAAAACGGGCGAUAUAGAUCGAUGUUUACGUUUAGCAUCGAUGCCAACAAAUCGUAGAGCAUUAUAUCGAUUAAUCGAUGUGUAUUGAUGAAUCGUUACACCCCUAGUCCAAAGAGAUUUGGACGCCUUUGCUUUUUCUUCGUCUUCAUCAUUCCAUGCAAAUAAAGCGCUUGUUUAUGUAACAUUGAA